UGUCCGACACUGUGCCGCUCGCAUAUUCCAGCCACAUGUGGGAAGACGCCGUUUCUUCUCCCUCACCCGGGACAACUCAUACACACGUCCUGCUCAGUUUCUGCGUUAGAACAGAGGAGGCCAGAAUCCCAAGUGGAAUCAUCAACCACGGACCACAAGGACACUGCCAAAGCCAAGUCAAACGACGCCAAGCCGGAAGACCCCACGUUUUUACCGAGGAGUGACCCAGAUCAAGACCCCUUGACUGACACGGUCCAAAAAAAAUACUUUUCCGAGACAAAAGUAAACCCAGAGGUGGUGGAUGUAGAAAAGGAUCCUCUCCAAGACCAUUCCAUCGGUCUCUUCCAGCGUUUCCAAAAGACAUUCAAACAGUACGGGAAAGUCGUGAUCCCAGUGCAUUUGUUGACAUCCAGCAUAUGGUUUGGUACAUUUUAUUAUGCAGCAUCAAAGGGUGUUAAUGUGGUCCCAUUCCUAGAAUUUGUUGGAGCGCCGAAAGGAAUAAUACAAAUUUUGAACCAUUCCACGGGUGGAAAUGCACUGACUGCGUAUGCAUUGUACAAGCUUGCCACACCAGCUAGGUACACAGUGACCUUGGGAGGAACUUCGCUUGCAGUGAAAUAUCUCCGCUCCCGUGGUUACUUGUCCACUCCGCCUCUGAUGAGGGUUUACAUACAAGACAGAAUGGAAGAAACUAAAGAGCGAUUUUCUGAAAAAAUGGAGGAAACAAAGGAACUGCUAACCGAGAAAAUCCAAGAAACCAAAGACAUGGUCUCCUUUAGGAAGAAAAAAGAAUGAAGAAUGUGGAGGACACACUAAAAAAAAAUUUCUACCCAUGUUAAAUCUAAGAACUUCUGUCACCUCCUCUAGUUUUCAAGUUGAAAUGAUGCACAUUUUGUGGAUGUAAACUGCUGCUAUCUCAGAUGCCAGUCGUUUGUUAUGGUGCAGAAGAACAGCUGAAACCAUUUCCAAACGAUUGUGUCAUUUUUGGCAGUAAGAUUUAAUCAUUUAUAUGGAAGGAGUUGCCAAAAAGUUUAAGAAAUGUCCUACCUGUGCAAACAGGAAUCUAAAUGGUGAAACUUGUCCUUGCACAGUGGUUGUAAAAUAAACUGGUUCACAUUAACUA